CAGCUGAGAAGCGGGAGAAAAGGAGCUCUUUGCAGCUUGUCUGCUGCUUCCAUUUCGGGACAGGAGAAGAAGCAGGAGAGACGGCGAACAGGCAAUUACCGGAAGAUGAACGCCCCAUGCUUGGGCUGCGGCUCGGAUUGGGUGGGAGGAGCCCAGAAGAAAACGAAACUCAGCCCGUCGACUUUUUCUGCUGUCUGCCUUGAGCCAUGGCUGCUCCCAGCCCGAGGAAGAGGUUUCAGGAGGAAGCAACAUGCACGGUUUGCCUGGACUAUUUCGAAGAUCCAGUAAUCCUAGACUGUGGGCACAAUUUCUGCCGAGCCUGCAUUGCCAAGUGCUGGGGGGAGUCCCCGAGAAACGCUUCCUGUCCUCAGUGCAGAGAGAGCGUUCAGCCUACAGACCUGAAGCCAAACAGGCAACUGGCCCGUGUGAUCGAAGUAGCCAAAGAACUGAAUGUGCUCCUGAGGCAGGAAGCAGGAGGGUGGGGAGUCUGCGAGAGGCACCAGGAGCCCCUGAAGCUCUUCUGCAAGGACGACGAAGCUCCCAUCUGUUUGGUGUGUGACCGAUCCAAGGAGCACCGAGAGCACGAUGUGGUUCCUGUGGAGGAGGCUGCCCAGGAGUACAAGGAUCAGAUCUGUAGCAGCCUGGAGAGUAUGAGGAAGGAGAGAGAAAAAACCCUGGCAUAUAAAGAAGACACAGAAAAGCAAAAGCAAGCCCUUCUUGAGCAAACAGGAACAGCGAAGCAGAAAGCAGUGGUUGAGUUCAGACAAAUGCACCAGUUUUUAGAAGAACAGGAGAAACGUCUGCUGGCCCAGAUGGAAGAGCUGGAGAGGGAGAUUGCAGCAAGGAGUGAGGAGCACUUGGCCAGACUCUCCGAGGAGCUCUCCUCUCUCGAAGGGACCAUCCUGGGGAUGGAGAAGAAGUGCCAGCAGCCAGCGGCUCAACUCCUGCAGGAAGUUAGAAACGCCCUCCAGUGUUCUGAGAAGAAGCUGUUUGAGAAUCCAGUGCCUUUUCAUCCUGGGCUGAAGCAGAGGAUUGGGGGAUGCCUUGAGAACCUUUCCUUUCUGGAGGGCACCUUGAAGGAAUUUAAAGUCAAACUGGAAUCAAGACUUCAGCUGCAGAAAGAAACCAAACAUUUAUCAUACACAUCUGACUUCUCAGUUGCAAAGCUGACAUCAAAUGCUUUCAUUUUCAAAGGUGCCCUCGAACCCCAGGCCAACCAGAAGGAACCGAGGUGGAAGACAAUACCUCUGCUCCCUGUUGACCGGGACAGGCGGUGGACACAGGACGAGAUCCUGGGCGUCGGCUCCCUGCUUCAGUCACAACGGAAGCGGAUUGUUCCACGGAGAAGCCAGCACCACCGGAUACUAUGACCGGCUCCCCCGGUCUAUCCUCAGUUACUGUAACCUCACAUUCCGCUCCUCCAGGCUCCCCAGUGGCCCUAGUGUCUGUUAGGUUCAACUGGGUGGGCAGUGCACCCAUCUAUAACUAUGUUUUUGUUUCACUGCUGCGGGACCUUCCCCCACCUCAAUUUCCUUUUCCUGGUCUUCUGCUUCACCUCCGGCCUGUCCAUCCUGGAGCAGGAGUCCGGGCCCAAAGGGGGGUGCAACCCUUGCUUGCGGAUUACCACUGAUGGCUGGAAGACCACUCAGAUGUUGGUCUAUCAUAGCUCAUACAGCUGCAAUGGCACCAGCUCAACCUGCCGCCAUGCUAACACCACUUACCGGGUGUGUACAGAGGCUGGCUCCAUAGUCUGCCACACCCCAGGCAGGCGGGCCAAGUGGCAGCUCCAGUUGUAUGGGCCAAAUUUUGGGAUGGGAGCUACCGCCUGUAGCCGACUCCUGAGGUAUACCACCGUGCCCGCCCAUAGCCAGGACAAGCCUUUGACCCUUUGCUUCGACACCUGUCAUGCCACAGACCAGACCCCGCCGGGGUAUAUUGUGGGGGGGUAGAAUGGGAACGGACCUACCGCACAGCCAGGUCCUAUGUAGGCUUCCUCAGGACUACUCUGAAUAGGGCCCCCGCUCGAUCUGGAAGGUGGGACACGAAUCGCCAGGGGUGGGUGAAUGCCUUGGGAGGCAAGAUUACCCACGGCCAGAUGAAACCAGACUGCAGACACCACUGCUGCACCUCCCCCUCUGCCUCAGGAUCACUCCUAAACAGGCCAAGAGUUCCUGGGUGCCAGUAGGAGAAGGAAAUUAUGAGGCUGAGGUUAGCAUGGGAAUCCAUGUCCCUGGGGCCAGGGAUCCAACCGGCCGAGUCCGGUUCCUGAUGAAAGGGGACUGGGAGAAGCCCACUGAACACCUUGUCCACACUACGUUCUGGAAGGAAAUGGGCACGGUCAUGGAAGUGCCAGCUGUUACCAAGAACCUGUUUGUGGACUUAGCAGAGCGAGUAUCCCUAAGCUUGAGUGUGACCAACUGCUACGUCUGUGCAGGCACUAAGAUGGGCGAACAGUGGCCCUGGGAGGCGCGGGAGGUGGAUUAUGUCAAAAUAAGCAGAAGCCCAAAUCUAACUUGGACAGAUCAUCAGCAUCCCACCCGGUGGGUCCUCCAGAAUUCCAUCAUAGGGUCCAGAUGUUUUAUUCGCCCGGCUGGGCAGAAAUAUAACAUCUCCAUGGGGGCCCCGGCCUGUGAGGCAGGGAUGGUCUGCAACACCACUAGGAAGUGGAUGGACUUCAAUCAUGCAGGCUCUAAGAUUCCCCCCAACCCUUAUAAUCAGUCUACCCAGAAGAGUCUAUAUAAUCUCUGGGAGGACCCCUGCGGGACCUCCAGCUCUUGGGAGGCUCCAGACCACCAGUACUGGAUUUGUGGGACAGCUGCCUAUGUCAGUUUGCCUCCAACUUGGGCAGGAAGCUGCGUGCUGGGGACAAUCAAACCCAGCUUUUUCCUCCUUCCCAUAAGGGCAGGCGAACGACUAGGGGUCCCAGUCUAUGAGAGCCGAGGGUGGACCAAGCAGAGUCUUGGGUCACCUCUGAGAAUAGGAAAUUGGAAGGACAAUGAAUGGCCCCCAGAGCGGAUAAUACAGUAUUAUGGGCCCGCCACUUGGGCUCAGGAUGGCACUUAUGGAUACAGGACUCCUAUAUACAUGCUCAAUCGCAUUAUCAGGCUACAAGCAGUGUUAGAGAUUUUCACAAAUGAGACUUCCCUGGCUCUCAGCCUCCUAGCCAAAACUAACACCCAGCUCUGCACGGCAGUGUACCAGAACCGCCUAGCACUUGACUAUCUGCUAGCAAUGGAGGGUGGUGUGUGUGGCAAAUUCAAUCUCUCCAACUGCUGUUUCCAGAUCAAUGACCAAGGGAAAGCCAUAGAGGAGAUCACUGGCCGUAUGUGCAAACUAGCACAUGUUCCUGCCCAGACCUGGCAAGGCCUAGACACCCCUGAUUGGUUUGGGAGUUGAUUUGAGUACUUGGGAGGUUUGAAAACAAUGGUGGGGGGAAUUCUGAUAUUGUUGCUGGGCUGUAUGUUGGUACCUUGUAUAUUACCCUUGCUUCUCUCCUCGGGGUGACGGGCCCUUGAGACAAUGGUAGAAUGAAAGAGAGCUGUUCACCUCCUGCCUUUGUACCAAGCACUGUCCAGAAAGGACAAUGAGUAGUGAGUGGGGGAAUGAGGCAGACUCAGGUUUGUGAUCAAACCCGAUGGUCAAGAAAUGGUUAAAGGGUCUGCAAACUGCUUAAUUGCGACUUACCAAAAGCAAUAAUUCUCGCUGACAUGGCAGGAAUGCAGGCAAGGGGCCCUGGUUUGGUAUCUGUAGAUAACAAGGCGUGCAGGCUAGCAUCUUCAAGGCCACAUCUGGGAGAGAAAAUAGCUUGGCUGUAUGGAGGGAGGAGGAGGAAUGCUUAAUUAUAGUUAGAGGAAUAUUGUCUGAUUGUAAUAAUUGUAAAAUGACGAUUAAGUGAUGCUAACCAAUGAGGAUUGUAUCCACUGUUUGUAAAUUAAUGUGAGUAUAAAAGCUGAAGUCAUGAUGUAAUCUGCAUCUCAGGCUUUGGAAUCUAUUCCAUUGAGAUCAAUUGCUGGCAAUAAAUUCUGCUUUCUCUCAA